UCACACCAUCGUGUAGUCAAGGGAAAACAAAAACAAAAUAAAAAAAACUGAAACAGAAAUAAUGACGUUCGUGUCCCUCCUCCCUCUUCCUCACUGGCAGACGCAUCACCAUCUCUCUGCCAAACCUGUGGAGUCACUGCCAAAGCCGAAGGUUUUACUUCCCAAUCUCACACAACCCCGUCGUCUGACCAACCUCGUCGCAAUGGCCCAACAAGCCAUCUCCUCCGAAAAGCACGGGCCCGUUGUACAACAGAAGAAAUUUUUGAUUCCAAACAAGAACGGGCACAUUCUAGCAGGAGUAUUGCAUGAUGUGGGCUCUGGAAGGCUUGCCGUAUUAUGCCAUGGAUUCAGAUCAAAUAAGGAACAAGAAACACUGCUGAACCUUGCAGAUUCUCUAACAAGAGAAGGUAUUAGUGCCUUCCGAUUUGAUUUUUCGGGGAAUGGAGAAAGUGAAGGUUCAUUUCAGUAUGGUGGUUAUUGGAAGGAAGUGGAUGAUUUGCGUGAGGUUGUUCUACACUUGUCUCAGGCUAAACAAGAAGUGUGUGCCAUUGUUGGGCAUAGCAAAGGUGGAGAUGUUGUCCUCCUCUAUGCAUCCAAGUAUCACGACAUCAGUACUGUAGUCAAUAUAUCAGGUAGAUUUGAUUUGAAGAAAGGGAUUGAAGAACGGUUGGGUAAAGAUUUUAUGGAAAGAGUUCAGAAAGAUGGGUUCAUUGAUGUAAGGAAUAAAGGAGAUGUUAUAUUAUAUCGUGUCACUUUGGAAAGUCUCAUGGAUCGUCUAAAUACUGAUGUAUUUGCUGCUUCCAAGUCCAUCAAUCAUAAUUGCAGGGUGUUGACAGUUCAUGGCUCGAAGGACGAAAUAAUACCUGUGGAGGAUGCUUUAGAGUUUGACAAGCUUAUACCGAAUCACAAGCUAGUUAUUGUGGAACAAGCAAAUCAUUGUUACACGGCACAUCAGUCAGAGUUGGCGUCUAUCGUUGUUGAUUUCAUAAAGGACAGUUGUCAGCCUAAGAAGCCAAGCUCAGAGCAGGUGAUGGCUGCCAAUGUACAAGUUGAAGAUUAAGAUUAAGAAUUUGCUUCAGGAGGUUUGCAUACCAGUUACGCCAUUGUUUCCUCACAAGUGUUGCCACCAUGCCUACUUCGCUGUUCUUGUGUUGGCCAGUGUUUGCUGCUGCAAACUCUUCAUGAAGGAUCUUACAUUGCAUACCUUGGAUAAUGCUGCUGUUGUUUUCGUUGUGCCCUCAUUUCAUGUGGUUUUGUGGUUUCACCAAGGAGAAACACCUCUAAUAUUUGUGUAGGUUGUAAUUAAGAACGCAGGAUUGUCCAUCAUUCAACUCUCAGCUUUAUAGAUUGACAGGUCCUAUUAUAGCUGAAAUGCAAAGGGUGUAUCUCCAAUGUAAUAAAUUUCUCAUGGAAUUAUUUAUGCUUCAGUUUACUUA